AGUACUGUUGAGAAUUGAUUUCCAGUUGCCAGGCAACCGGAAAGUUCGAGUUGCCAGCACCACGCUAUGCCGGCUAUGCCGUGUCUCAAGCCGGCAGUUAGUCGGCUAGUUCCGCGGCGCAAGGUGUAAACAUGGGUCUCCCCGACAUUGACAACAUACCUGAUACCGGUGCGGUUUUCACGAUAGGCCGCAGCAGGUUCGCGGACAACAUAGCGUCGCAUUUCUUCAUACGAAAAGAUCCAGUGGUCAGUGUGGCCUGCGGUGACGAACAUUCAGCCGUUGUCUGCCAAAGCGGAAGGCUCUUCGUCUUCGGGAGCAACGAUUGGGGUCAGCUGGGUCUUGGCCACAAGAAUCACGUUAGCAAGCCUUCGUGCGUUAAGAUUCUGAAACCGGAAAAAGUGACACACGUCGCAUGCGGCCGAGCCCACACCCUCAUCUGCACCGGGGAACAAAAGAUUUUCGCCUGCGGCAGCGAUCAGGAAUCUCAACUCGGCCGCGGCGCUCAGGCCGUCGGCGACAGCUCGAGCUCCCCGAUAAUGGUCUACGACUGCGGAAUCGCGGGACCAAAAAUCCUCCGGAUCGCAGCUGGCUCUCAUCACUCCCUCGCUCUCAUGGCAGAUGGCACCGUCCUGGCGUGGGGCAGCAACCUCGAGGGACAGUUGGGCCUCCCCGGCACUUCCGGCCUCGUUAACAAACCCACCAAAGUUCACAUGCCCGAACCGGUCAAGCAAAUCAGUGCCGGAUAUUACCAUUCGGCGUUUUUAACCGAAAGUGGCAAUGUCUACGUCUGCGGUGAAGCUGAAAGUGGGAAAUUAGGAAUUGCGCUAGACUUCAGUACUCAGGUCGCACCGAAACAAAUGCAACUGCCCGGUCCAACGGCAGUCGUCGCCUGCGGCGGACACCACACUCUCAUACUUGGCGAGGAUGGAAAUAUCUACUGCACUGGAAGCAAUUCGAGUGGGCAGUUGGGCAUGGGAUCAAACAUUGCGGAGAUUCCAACUCCAAAAAUGUUACCGCCUGGUGUUCUGGAGGGUGAAACAGUGAAGAAAAUCGGAUGCGGUGAGAGUCACGUCGCGAUCGUUACAGAGUCCGGUAAAUUAUUGACUUGCGGUGAUGGGAGGCACGGUAAGCUCGGUUUGGAGGAGAACGAAAACAACGUGCACGAGUUGACGCUGGCGUCGAAGUACCAAGAGCUCGUCGUGUCGGACGUCGCAUGCGGAGGUUGCCACACAAUUUUGGUGGGUCGGAGGCGAGAGCUGGACAAGGAUGAGUCAACGAACGAAGAGCAGACGGGAGUGCAGAUGAAAUCGCUGCCUCCGUUGAAGCUUCCGGUAUCGAGGAUCCCGAGUGCGAAUACAACGGUGGAAAAACCGGAACAGGUCCGAGCGAACGUGGAGAACAAUGCGGAGGAAGACACGAUGGAGGAGGGGGCCGAAAAAACAGAGGAAAAGGUGACAUCGAACGGCACGACCGAGAUGAUAAAUGACAUUAUCGAAAAACCGGAAAGUCCGAAAAAGCUUUCCGACUACGAAGAAAAAAUAACGCAAGAGCCGACUGAAAUGGACGAGAAGAACGAUGAAACGGUCGAUAAUUCGGAGAACAAAAAUAGCGAAGAAACACCGAAGAACGACGACGUAGAAAAUAACGCGGUCACCGAGGUCCCGGAAGUCGAAAAAGCAGCGAGUCCGAAGUCUUCCGUCCCGGAAGAAGCUCCGACGGUAGUCGAGGAACCCGAAAAACCAGAGAAACCAGAAACCCCGGAAAAAUCGGUGAUCGACAACGCCGAAACAGAAACAGCGGAAAAGCCUGAUUCACCCCCGCUUCCGAUUCCGCCUCCGAAGCCCCCCCGACAAAAGAUCGGCAGCGCGGAACACUCGCAAUCGAGUCGACAAGGUUCUUCCUCAUCGAGAAUGGGCUCCACCGGAAGCGGCGACAAAGUCGUCGAAGAAGAGCACCUCGAAACGACAGACUCAGAGCUUCCGAUCGAACGAGACGAGACGAAGGAACAAGACGAAGAAAAAGACACCAAGAGCGAAGAAGGAUCAACGAAAAUAUCCGCGAGCAGCGAGAAAAGCAGGUCCGCCAAAUCGAGGGCCGGCACUGACGAAACUGCCGAAAUCGAUGGACAACACAUACUCGACGACGUCGAGGAAAAUCCUGUUGUUCAAGAAGCCACCAAAGUCGCCCUCGACGAUGCGGAUGUGGUGCAUUCGCCGGUUACGAGAACAGGAAAAAUGGCAAAACUAUUCAAAACUAAGAAGCAGGAAGUGGAAAAUGGUACAAAAGCGGCUAGCACGGUAGAUCAAAAAGCAAAAUCGAAAACCUGUGUCAUUCUCUGAUCUCCUGGCCGGUGCUCCUGGCUCGCGAGGCUUCAUAUUUUUUUAAUAAAAUAUGAGUUAGGAUCGAAUGGAUUACAUUCGGGACCAAAGCAACGAUGCAAGUGAAAAGGUGGGAAAAAUUGUGGAAAGAAUAACGACAGCGACGUUGCAAUGAGAUUCAUGGAGAAAAAGUGAAACGGAGAAAAAAAUCCUCAACUUUGGAGUCUUCGUAACUCUACAAAUAUCCAUAGACGUGCAUUAUCAUUAAGUUGUUUCAGGCUGUUUAACGUGUGAUUAUAACGAUUUAGAAUAAUAAAAAGUUAUAAAUAAGUUUAAUAAAAAUCUUGAAAAUC